AUGAACAGCUGGUUAUCCCGCCCGGCACCGGUGCUCGUGCCGAACGACACGGUGUUGCCCAUCCGGUAUUGGGUCGACACGGUGGUGCUGAAACCACGCGUCGUAUAUGCAUUGAGUAGAUACAAUGCCGCUCUAGACGCACAAAACCUGCACAGCAGCUUGGAAGGGCCUGUGGCACGCUGGAGCUGGAGGAAAUUUGGACCAGGAUGCCUUCAUCGCCGGCGCCGACUGCUGGCCGCGUGGUGGCACCGCCUGACCGUCUCGCCGCUCGUCCUCGCCGACUCCACCCGCACCAUCGGCAAGAGCACCAACACCAAGAGGCCGCACACCUCGAACUUGUUCAGUUUGGUUUACACGCUCGUGCCGGCGAGAUACAGGCUGGUGCGGCCUUUCAGCGGCACCGCAGAGAAAAUACGCCGCGCCAUCAUCAAGGAGAGGACGAAAGAACAAGUCGAGACUUGCUACGCCUAUCAGCGCUAG